UUCCUCUUGCAACCAAACAGAAGGUCUUAUCUUAUGUUGCCUUUAAACCUGGAAUAAGGAAGGAAAUAAAGCAGUGAAAUUGUGCAGCAGCCAUUGAUGGGAAAUCCAAAGAAAGAGCUGCUAAGAAAGCGCCGUGGAGGGUCGAUGACGAACAAGACAAGUUCGCCGAUGCCAAGUUCAAGGUUACCAAACAGCCGGGCUCCACCGCCAAAAUGCACGUCCCUCGCCGCAAGUCCGCCUCUUCCCGAAUUGACGACGACGACGACACCCUCGAGAUUGACCCUGAACUCCGUUACAGCUUCCAGCGCAACUUCCAGUUUCUGCAACGAGUUUUUUAGCAUAGACACUGUUGUGAAGCCUCUUCCACCUGCUAUUGCAUACAAUGUUUCUCGCAACUUGAGCUUCUUCAACGCAUAUUCACUCAGUUUUUUGGUUGUCUUGGAUUCCCAUCCUUCUCUUCGGUACUCAUGUCUAACACUCGUAAAUGUGUCCAACACGUAUAGACAUGGGUAUGGAUAUACGACUCACCAAGAUCCCCCAAAUACAUAUCCUGAAGGUAUUGCAAAUGCACAGAAAUCACUCGGGUUGGGACAGGAAGAAAAGGCUCGUCGCGUGCGUUAA